AAUAGCCGAAUAUCCCAGAUGAGAUCAACACGCAUGCCCAAGGACCGCAGGGCUUUCUCUUGGCCGUUUAUAACUGCUUCAAAUAGUAGAAUAUUGAAGUGUAGACCUGAUCAAUUCUAAGCUUCUCUCCCACCCUUUAAAAAAAAAAGCUUCUCUCCCAAACCAAAGAUGCCAAACGCAUAUCGGAAAUUCAACAAAUCUCCAAUCGACAUUCCCAAUUCUCCCUGAAUUUAUAAUUAAGCUAACAACUCGUUCCAGAGUCACCGCCACGACGAUGUCGUCGUCGUCGUCAAUGUUAUCGCCGACUCAGAGGUACGCGGCCGGAGCCCUGUUCGGGAUGGCCCUACGCCAGGCCCAGAUCCACCAGACCCACCCGUUGGGCUCCUCCGCCCCUUCCGCCGACGAGGAUCCCACCGCGGAUCGCAUCAGCAGCGGCAGCAGUAGCGAUUCAGUCGCCGAGGACCCACAGCUCUGGGUCCACGAUUCUUCCGGACUCCUCCGCCCUAUAUUCCGGUUCCUUGAGAUAGAUAAGAAUGCGUGGACUGGGCUUGAAGAAACUGCUGGGUCUUCUCCUGCCACACAUCAUAUUGGAGCGUUCUUGAGAUUACUUUCAGAAGAAAGCACCGAUACUUCCUCAGAAAUGAAGGACAUGGAACUUGCCUUGUCAAAAUCUGUUGAUGUCAUCGCACAAACCACGGAAACAACUCCUCCCGAUUUUGAGCGUAAGAUGGAAAAACAUCGUGAGUAUGAGCAAGAAUGUCGGCAGAAAUGUUCCACUGACAUGCAACCAAACACUGAAGUGGAAACUAUGCACCUUGAAAUCCCAGAGGGGCCUAGUUGUAAUAUGAUUGACGGUGAACAGACAACUAACCAAGCUGGGAGUAAUAUACAUGAAAAACCACCAGAGGAGGUAACAAUGCUUAGUUACCAGAGGAAAGUGACAGUGCUUUAUGAGCUUCUUUCAGCUUGUCUAGCAGAUAUACCUGAAGACGGUAAAAAAUCUAAAAAACGAAGGAGGGGCUAUGAUGCUCGACAUCGCGUAGCUCUGCGGUUGCUGACAACCUGGUUUGAUAUAAAUUGGAAUAAAAUGGAAGCGGUUGAGAUUAUGGUUGCUUGCUCUGCGAUGGCUAUCGUGAAAGAGCAACAAUCAAAAGAAGAAGAAACCCAGUCACCAAAAAGCUCUUGGGCCAAGUGGAAACGUAGAGGAAUAAUAGGUGCAGCUGCAUUAACGGGAGGAGCAUUACUGGCAAUUACUGGUGGGUUGGCUGCUCCAGCUAUUGCUGCGGGUUUAGGUGCUUUAGCGCCUACAUUGGGAACUCUCAUUCCAGUGAUAGGAGCAAGUGGGUUUGCUGCAGCUGCAAGUGCUGCAGGAACUGUUGCUGGCUCUGUUGCAGUGGCUGCAUCCUUUGGAGCUGCUGGAGCUGGACUUACUGGGAGUAAAAUGGCUAGGAGAACUGGAAGCGUUGAUGAAUUCGAGUUCAAAGCUAUUGGGGAAAACCACAACCAAGGCCGGCUUGCAGUUGAAAUAUUUGUGUCAGGAUUUGUUUUUGAGAAGGAAGAUUUCAUAGAGCCCUGGGAAGGACGGCAUGAUAACUUGGAAAGGUAUGCACUGCAGUGGGAGUCCAAGAAUCUGAUUGCUGUAAGCACAGCAAUUCAGGACUGGCUAACUUCAAGAGUUGCUAUGGAGUUAAUGACGCGAGGUGCCAUGAUGACUGUAUUAAGCACACUUUUCGCGGCAUUGGCAUGGCCAGCAGCGUUACUCUCUGUCACUGAUUUGAUUGACAGCAAAUGGGCCAUUGCUUUGGACAGAUCUGAUAAGGCUGGAAAGCUGCUUGCGGAAGUGUUGCUAAAAGGAUUGCAAGGGCAAAGGCCUGUGACACUUGUAGGUUUCUCACUGGGAGCACGAGUGAUUUUCAAGUGUCUCCAGUAUUUGGCUGAAACUGAACAUAGUGCUGGACUUGUAGAAAGAGUUGUUCUUCUUGGGGCACCAAUUCCAAUUAAAGAUGAGAGCUGGGAAGCAGCUAGAAAGAUUGUGGCUGGGAGAUUUGUGAAUGCUUAUUCUACUAAUGAUUGGAUGCUAGGAGUUGCUUUCCGUGCUAGCCUGCUUACGCAAGGAUUAGCUGGAAUUCAACCAAUUAAUGUUCCUGGAAUUGAGAAUGUUAAUGUAACAGAACUCAUCGAGGGUCACUCUUCUUAUCUGUGGGCUACCCAGCAGAUACUUGAACAGCUUGAACUAGAUGCAUAUUAUCCUGUUUUUAGUAGCACUCUCGUCCGACCUUAGAUUUGGACUUGUUAUUGAGUUCAGCUCGGGUCUUCAUUUCCUCAUUCUCUGAGUGAGAUCACCUUUGUUGUCAAAUUCCUUGGCAACAGAACUGUAGAUAAAACGUCAAAAGAUCUUUCAACCUCAUACAUUUCACGGAAAUAAAGCUAUGCACGUAGAUGCAACGGCGUAUGUUUCCAUUAAGUGUGCCCUUCAAAAUGAGUUGUCAUUUAUUGUUGUAAAAAGAAAACAAAGAAACAGAAGUUCACCUGAAAGUUUGUUGUUUUUUUUCGGUCGGCGAAAGUCAGCAUUGUUUCUUGCUAUGAUUGUUGUAUAUAAAAACUAUUGAUAUUCUCUUACCAAUGCCUAUUUGUAAUUUCAUA